AUGGCUCAUGUUCUGUACUUUAAAUUGUUACAGCUGGACUGGCUUUUGGCAGACAGCUCGCCCAUGACUUCGAUCGCGGGCCUUCGGCGAGUACUUCUCAACGGCUCGUUAGAGCUCCCUCCCUUCCCGGCCGGGAGAUAUAGACGCGACGUGCACACUGCCACCUACAGGUGUCGCGUGAAACUGAACAGUGGCUAUGCCGUACUGUCAAAGAACAUUCACGUGCACGCAGUGCUGAACGUGCCGUGGGAUGUCCGCGUGCCUGACGAAUAUGUUAUGGCGGGAAACGCUGCUGUUUUGCGGUGCAUUGUAUGUGCCCACUGCGCAGAACGCAUCGAUACCACAGACUGGUUCACAGAAGACGAUAUCAACGUGGCACAUUAUUUAGGAUCGAAAUAUCAUCGUCUAGACGAUGGUUCACUGUACAUAAGCGCAGUCAGCUCAGGAGACCGGCACAACGCAUUCCGGUGUCGAGUACGGGACCGGAUAACUGGCAAUAGUCAUUUUAGCCAGUACUUCGGACGCAUAAUAGUAACCGAACCGAAGGGCGAGGUGAGACCGCGGCUAGUUAUGGAGCCACACUCCCGCCGGGUGCAGGUCGGUCAGGACGUGCGGCUGCCCUGCGCCGGACACGCGUGGCCCGUACCUAGUUAUAGGUGGUUUCGGGAACAUCACGAGCAAUUGAUACCAUUAGAGAAGUCGUCAGUAUGGGAAAGGGCAAUGUUACUAGGUGGGGGACUUCUCAGUAUCAGAAGUGUGCACAGAGAAGACGCUGGAAGAUUUGUGUGCUAUCUAAACAAUACUGCUGGCGAGGAGGCUUUGCAUUUUACACUCAUAGUAACAGAAGCAAUCUCCGUCCGAAUAAAACCCGAGGUGAUACGAACAAAAGCGAACUCGAACAUAACUUUCGACUGCAAAGUAACUGGCCAUCCGAUAGAAAUAGUUUAUUGGCUCCACGACGGCAGAGUUGUUAAGUCGAACGAAAGAGUGAGACUAUCGGAAGACGGUUUCAGGAUACAUAUCAAAAACACGCAGGAAAAUGAUCAAGGGGUAUAUCAGUGUUUCGCAAGCAACAUGCGAGAUCAAGCCUACGGUAUAUCGGAAUAUACGAUAGACCGGUCCGAUGGCCGACUUCCCAACCGGUCAAGACGAACCCCCACCGCCCGCGGCGCUCACAACCACGAUGCGGCAGAUUGGAACUUCACCGGUACAAGAGAAUCGAAGCCGGAACUUGUGUACUGGUUUUCCGAGCAAACCCUACAACCGGGGCCAAGCGUGUCCCUGAAGUGUGUCGCGAUGGGCCACCCACCCCCGCAGUUCAGUUGGACCCUUGAUGGAUUUCCCAUUCCAACCAACUCUCGAUUUGUAGUUGGUCAACACGUUACACUACAAGAUGAUGUGGUUAGCCAUCUUAACAUCAGUCGAGUCACAGAACAAGAUGGCGGAGAAUACGCGUGUGUUGCGAGCAAUACGGCGGGAAAAGCCAGUCACGCCGCCAGGGUGAACGUUUACGGUUUGCCAUAUAUAAGAGAAAUGCCAAAAGUGACGGCUGUAGCUGGCAGUGAUUUAAACAUAAAAUGCCCCGUCGCUGGUUAUCCUAUAGAGUCCAUCACUUGGGAAAGAGAUGGGCAAACUUUGCCAUUGAAUCGGCGUCAGAAGGUUUUCCCCAAUGGAACGCUGAUCGUAGAGCUGACACAGCGCGGCGAGGAUGCUGGCACAUACACCUGCCAGGCGUCCAACAGGCAACGCCACGCGGCCCGACGCGACGUUGAAGUGCAAAUACUUGUGCGACCUAAGAUAUUGCCGAUUCAACCGCUAACGAACUUAUUGAGGGAGGGAAUGAGGGCGGCGAUAUCAUGUCAGAUCCUCGAGGGCGAUUUGCCGAUAGCUUUCCGAUGGGAGAAGAAUGGCCAACCAGUCACGUCAUCCCCAUACGCGCCGAGCGGUAUUAUAACGAGAAGAAUGGACGAGUACAGCUCAUCGUUGGUUAUCGAACAUAUCACGUCGUUACAUAGUGGCAACUACACAUGCAUUGCCUCCAACAUAGCUGGAUCUGAACGAUUCACCGUUCCCCUGACUGUCAACGUGCCGCCAAGAUGGCGUCUGGAGCCAAGCGACAUUGCUGUAGCAGCUGGUCAAGAUGUAACUUUGCAAUGCCAAGCUGACGGGUAUCCAAAGCCAAAUAUCACUUGGAAGAAAGCCGUGGGAAACACACCGGGGGAAUACAAGGAUUUCUUGUUUGAGGGCAGCUCCAGAGUACUUGAUAAUGGCUCCCUCGUAUUUGAACGGGUGGCGAAAGAUAGCGAGGGUCAUUACCUCUGCGAAGCUCGAAACAACAUCGGGGCUGGAUUAAGCAAGUUGAUAUUUUUAAAAGUUAACGCCCCAGCGCGUUUUCCUAUGAAGAGUAAAACGGUGCAAGUGACGGCUGGUGAAGCAGCCCAUCUACAGUGCGCUGCCUCGGGGGAUUCCCCGUUGGAAGUCAGCUGGCGCAGUCCUCAUCACCACACUAUUGCACAUCAUCUCGACCAAAGAUAUACUAUUCGUGAACAAGUACUCGAUGAUGGGCUUGUGUCGGAACUUAGUAUUCUGCAAACCUACAGACAGGAUACGGGCGCGUUAACUUGCCGAGCUUCAAAUGCCUACGGACAAGACGAAAUGCUUAUUCAUUUGGUCGUCCAAGAGGUCCCUGAAAUGCCGAAGAACAUAAGAAUAAUCGAUCAGCAAUCAAGGUCUAUACAGAUAUCGUGGACGCAGCCCUACGCAGGAAACAGUCCUAUAAUUAAUUAUAUUGUGCAAUAUAAGGAGGCACCAGAGCCAUGGCCGACAACACCUCAAAAAGUCAUUGUACCGGGCAGUGUGACGUCAUCCAGCGUGCAAAACCUGCAACCGGCAACGUCCUAUCAUCUUCGAAUCAUUGCCGAGAAUCGGUUAGGCCAAAGUGAGCCCAGUCAACUUGUUCAAGUGACUACCACAGAAGAAGUGCCAAGUGGACCGCCGCUAGAUGUGAGAGUCGAACCUAAAAGUUCGACCGAGUUAAUCGUUAGUUGGGAUCCGCCCCAACGCGAUUUAUGGAACGGCAACAUUCUGGGCUACUACGUAGGAUUUCAAGAGUUAAACAACAACAGCACCGUACUGAUAGCAAGCGGACCAGGUGGUGCUUCUUACACGGUACGGACGGUAGAAGGAACCGGUACGGCGCGCGCAAGAACAACACUAUCCGGACUGAUGAAGCAUACUGCAUAUGCGGUCGUCGUUCAGGCUUACAACAGCCGAGGCGCGGGUCCUGCAUCACCGCCAACCACUGCCACCACAAUGGAAGAUGUGCCCAGUCUACCGCCUGGAUCACUCCAGUGCUCAGCUCUAAGUUCGCAAUCGGUACGAGUUACGUGGGAACCGCCACCACUUAGGGGGCGUAAUGGAAUACUUCAGGGCUACAGAGUCACAUACGCACCGGUAACGGAUUGGUAUGGUGUCGAAGACGCGGUCACCAAACAAAUAUCAGCGCUACAUACUACGUUGUCGGGACUGAGACGGUAUACGAAUUAUUCUGUGACGGUUUGCGCUUUCACUGCUGCCGGUGAUGGAGUGAGAGCUGCACCAGUCUAUUGCCAGACCGAAGAAGACGUACCUUCUGCGCCGGCUGACAUCAAAGCAGUGGUUUCGUCACGAAAUAAGCUUCUAGUGUCCUGGCUUCCGCCGGCUUCACCCAAUGGGGUGCUUGUUGGUUACACUUUAUAUAUGAGCGUUAUUGAAGAUGGCCGCGAGGAGGGCACACACAAACGGAUGUUAUCGCCAAGUACCCUAUCCCACGAAACCGCAAGAUCGCCUCCUCGAGCGACCCACCAAUUCUGGGUGUCGGCGUCGACAAGGCUUGGCGAAGGAGAAGCGACGCGAGUGGUAACAGUGCUGCCUUCUGAUUCUGUGCCAGCCAGAAUUACAUCGUUCAGUCGAAGUAUUGUGACACCAUGGAAGGAAAACAUAUCGUUGUCAUGCAAUAAAGUAGGCGUGCCCGCCCCAUCGACAACAUGGAGUAUGAAUGGCGCUGUUUUAGAAUCGACAUUGAGGAAAAAUGUCACCAAUGAUGGAACACUUAUUAUCAGCAUGACACAGUACGCGGACAGCGGUAACUACACGUGCAGCGUUGAAAAUGCCCACGGUAGGGACGAAGUGACUUACGGGGUCGAAGUUAAGGUGCCGCCCCAGCCUCCCGUUCUGGCGGUGAUCGACUCUUAUGCGGACUCGCUGCACUUACAGUGGAGCGAUCAAGGCGACGGGGGCAGCCCUAUUUUAGGAUACGUCAUCAACUAUAAACGAGAACAUGGCGAUUGGGAGGAGCUACAAGUGGAAGCCGGCACGUCUGAACAUGUUCUGCCUAACUUGUGGUGUGGCACGAGAUACCAACUUUACAUUACCGCUUUCAACCGUAUCGGAACGGGACUACCCUGUGACAUCGUACACGCUUACACUAAAGGCACUGUGCCCGUUAAACCGAAACACUCCCAAAUGAUCACACUGAAUACGACGACUGUUACCGUCUGGUUAGACUCUUGGGGUGAUGGAGGCUGCGGUAUACUGUACUUUGUUAUCGAAUAUAGAGAGAUUAGUCAGACGCAGUGGCGGCUGGUCUCAAACAGCGUGCAAGCGACGGAGCGCGUCUUCAGCGUGACGGGGCUAGCGCCGGCCACUCUCUACCAGCUCCGAAUCACGGCGCACAACAACGCGGGCCACGCGCUCGCCCUCUACAACUUCACAACGCACUCGCUAACCGGCAUAGUGGAGGGCGAGAUAUCGCCGGCGGUUCCGGCGGCGGGUUCUCGUUCUUUCGGCGGGGCGAGGGUCCUUCUGCCCGCGGCUCUAUCCCUUCUGGUUUUGGCCGCCCUGAUCGCCAUCGUACUUCUAGUGCGCCGAAAUAAAGCAGGGGCUACGGAAACUGCAGCGCCUGAGGUGGGUGUCGGAGAAUCGCCGUCCGUUGCUCAGCUGCAGAACAAAGUGAACAGAGACCAGCAAUAUCUGGCCGCGAGGGCUCAGCAUCCAGCACCUCAACACCAUUACAAGCAUGCGUCUAACGAAUACAUUGAAGACAUUUGCCCCUACGCGACAUUCCAACUGACGAAGCCAACCGCUUACAGUGAGAGUAGUUACAGCGGCAACGUUUACAGCGGACCCUAUCACUCCGUUCGUGGCCCCUUCGUAUACCACGACUUGAAACAGAACGAUAAAUAUAAGGGAAAAGAACCGGAAUACACUAAAGUUCGAAGAAAAGGUGCAAGACUCCGUGAUCCGCAUUCGGAGAGCCAAGAGUCGGACAACUUGGGCUCGACGGACUCGGAGGUGAAGAAGAUAUUAACGCUGCACCUGCCCAUUACAGAGUACGAGGACGACGCCAGCGACGACGCUAGCGCUCCCCACUCCGACAGUGAGCCGGCGGCGAGACUCCGCCCCGCGCAUCCCACCACCUACCCGAGUGUAGAGCGUGGCGAGUCUUCGUCUUCUUCGGAGAACUCGGUAGGUGGCGUUGUGCGCAAGGCGUUCCCGAGCCGCAAAGGCAAGGCGGGCGCCCUGGGCAAGAGGCACGUGCGCUCAUCCAGCGGAUACAGCAGCCACAACGAUGAAACCACGUUCAGCAUAUCAAAUUACCCGUCCUUCAACGAGCACAUUCACCCGCCGUCGAGAUUCUCGGACGACACGGAGUGCGAGGGUCACCAUCGCCGCAAGCGAAGCCACGCAACACACAACGAUCCCAAGAUCACUCGUGAAGCAUUCCAGAUUAAUGUG